CUCCCCUCUGGUUACUAUAUGAGGAGGGAACUUUGCGAUCCGUCAACAAGAUACGUUCAACUUCGGUAGUGGUCUUGUUGAUCUCGCCUAGCGUUUCCUCUCGCUCCGACUGGAAUCAGCAGCUCUCUGAAGAAGAGAUCCUUGGAUCUGAGCGCACUCCGCCGUGGGAAUAUUUUUUUUCUAAUUUACCGGAGAAGCCAGACCUCACCAUGCCUCGGUCAUUCCUUGUCAAGAAGUAUUUUUCCAACAAGAAGCCAUACUACAGGGAGAGCCAGCUGGAGAGCCAAACUGCUUUUGUCCCAGAAAGCUUUCCACGGGCUGAACUUCCAACGCAGAACAACAGCUCUGCCCUGACCUGCUACCCCACCAGCCCAUUCUUCAGCAGCAUUGACACCCUGCCCGCACCCCUCUCCCCGAUCACCCCUGUGUCCUUGUCCCCUUCACCACGGGGCCCUCUGGACCUCAGCAGCUCUCCCUCCAGUAGCAGCGGCGAGGAAGAAGAGGACGGCGGACGUACCUCAGAUCCACCCAGCCCGGACAUCAUCCAGCACAUCUACCACUGCACGCACUGCAGUAACAGUUACACCAGUCUCUCAGCACUGUCCCACCACCAGCUCUCCCACCGUGCUCCACUCCAGCAGACACCCUCUCUCCCCACUGAAGUCUCUGCACGGCCAGCCUUCCACUGCAAGCACUGCCCCAAGGAGUACACCAGCCUGGGGGCCCUAAAGAUGCACAUUCGCUCACACACACUGCCCUGUGUGUGCCCCACAUGUGGCAAGGCCUUCUCCCGACCGUGGCUGCUCCGGGGACACAUCCGCACACACACAGGUGAGCGCCCAUUUGCUUGUCAACACUGUAACCGGGCCUUUGCUGAUCGCUCCAACCUGCGCGCCCACCUGCAAACCCACUCUGAAGUGAAGAAGUACCAGUGUGGCUCCUGCGCACGGACCUUCAGCCGCAUGUCCCUGCUGCACAAACACAACGCCUCUGGCUGCUGCCCUGCCUCAUAGACUCACAUUCCCUCUAACUGCUCUCAUGAGCCAGUUGAAGCUGCUUGCUGGUUAGGUUGUCCACCCCUCAGGACACUGGACAGAUUGGUGCCAGCUCACCCACAGAGCCAUGACAGGACAGAAAACUGGACUUCUGUUGCUUUUUAUAAAACGACUUAUUAAGUGCCUUUUUAAUUUUCCAGGACUCUGUAGGUUUAUCAGAUUUUCCCCAUUGGUAUCUGCACAUUUUUGUUGCGUCCUGUCAACUGUGUGCAUGUGUGUGUGAUUUGAGGGCAGCUGGACAUGCAGUUAAUUCCCAGGAAACUCCAUCGGUGCCGGCCGGUCCGGGACUCUGGCCAUGUUGCAGCUGCUUGGGUGUGUUUUUGUGUGUAUGUGAGGAUGUCAUUCCUCACCAUACUAUACAUACAUGGCAUGUGUGUGUUAUGAGCAAGUGUGUCUGUGUGUUGAGACAGCUGCCUGUGUAUGGUAGUAGUGUGGAGGCAGGGCGCUGAGAGACGUGUUAGCUCUGACCUCGACGACAGGUGACCCUCGGCUCGCCCUCCUCAUGCCACACUGUGUGGCAUGAAAGGACCACUUAAACUUGACCAAAAAACUCUUUCCUUCCUUCAUAUUGUCAUUUUACAGUCUAAAGAUGGCACGAGUUUUGACCUACAGUUUUAACGAACCAUUUUGUUGAACAUGACUUUCAAAUGGGAACAUUGUGCCUUUUUCUGCCACAUGUAAAUAAA